CUCCCUAAUCAGUCCGGCUGCUUUUUCCUCUCCUGCUUUUUGGGAUGAAGUUCAGCAAACCACCUCACUCUAUGGUGGGCUAAAAGACCCAAAGCUCCGUCUGCCAGGCUACAGAGAAGAGUGGGGCUACGAGGGAAGGAUUGGAGGAGGGGGCCACAAGUAGCUGCAGUGGGAAUAAUGGGAGCUUCCUAUGGAAAGAAGAAGUCGUACAGCAUCGGCCAUGAGCCUCUGCCCAGACAGCAAUGUAUGAAGCAGCCAAAUGGUAGAGGCUCAACGUACUCUGGCCUGCAACAGCAUCGCUCAGAAGAUGUCCACAGGAGGCCGUCCCCAGUGUCCAGCUAUGUCCCCCCGCCCGAUUACAUGGAUGAAGACGAGGAUGAGGACCUGAUCAAGCCCAAGAAGCUGGUGAAUCCCGUCAAAGCUUCCAGGAGCCACCAGGAGCUUCACAGGGAGCUGUUGAGCAGCUGCAAACGAGGAGGUAGCAGUGUGGAGACUAAAUCAGAGCUACAGAGAGUUCUUGAGUCCAGGAAGAGGGAUCAGAUGAUCCGACAAAGGAAACAGGAAGAAGAAGCUCACAGGAAGAUUUCCCCUCUGGAGGCUGAGCUGCUAAAAAGACACAUGAAGCUGGAGGAGCUGGAGCGUCAGGAGGAACAGCAGCGGGAGGAGAACCUCAAAGCUCCAGAGUUCGUUAAAGUCAGAGAAAAUCUGAGAAGGACUUCCUUCCAGGCAGAUGAGAAGAAGGCGUAAAGAAGGAGAAACAACGAGUCCAAAUGGAUACAGGAGGACAGUUUGCUCUGAGGACUUAGCCAGAGUGUCCAUAUGAGGACUGUGAGGACAGGGACACUGGCAGCCAUGAUGUAUUUCAGCAAAUGUAAGCUUUCUCAGAUUGAUGAGUGGUCAAUCUGAUAGAAAAACUCACUGAAGCUGAUGUUUCCUCAUCAUGAUGACUCCUAAGAACAGUUAGGCUUGAGUAAGCUGCUGCCACCUAGUGUACAGCAUGUAGACAGCAGCUGCUGAACAUGCAGGGACAACCACCUGAAGAGGAAGAGGAGGGCGCACCUGAACACUGGUCUUCAUCUUCCUGAUUUUUUACAGCUCCUGAUGCUUCAGUCAGGUGGACAAAUGAUCCGCUCUCUGAUUGAUCAAGACGAUCCUCGGGUAUUUCACCCGAUAGUGAGAUCGUGAGACAAUGUCAGCAGGUUUUUCUGCUCCUCUGACCACUACGCCUCCCCUAUGUGCCUUAUCAGAUGGGAAACUGUCCUCUAUGGGGAGCCUGCUGCUGCAGAAACUGUUAAGAUCAUAUCAGUUAAUCAGAUGUUAGAUAAUCUAAAUACCUUUUUAAAUCAUGAUGGAUCUCUGUUAUAGAGUUAGCAACUGUUAUUGGUCGAUGUUCCAUACGAACUUUAUCAGCUGCUCACAUCUGUUGCACAUGACUGUCGGUCCAGUUAGGACCCGUGGGGGUUGAGGGUUAAAAACAACUGCAGUUUUACACCUAAUGAGACUUGAGUAAAUUCUGAGAUCUGAUAACUGUGAAGGCAUGAAACCACUUCCUGGUAGAGUGAGAACAGCUGCAGGACCUCGACUGAGCUUUCUUUUCUCUGAGCACCAUCAGUACAACAGGGUUAAUCCAGCAAAAAUUGUCCUCAGAUUAUGUGAAUUAGAGGUUUGUUGACUGAUUGUUGUGCUUAAAUAAAUCAUUAUUA